AUGUGGGUGCAAGAAAUGGAAAAGAUACUUGCAGUGUUGAACUGCACCGAGGAGCAGAAGGUUCUUUUCGCCACCUUCAAACUAGCCAUAGAAGUUGAACGGUGGUGGCAUGCAAUGAAGUUGUGGGAUGAACAGCGAGCGUAUGCUGCUAAAUUUCUGAAACUAUCUCGCUUUGCACCUUCUAUGGUUCCAGAUGAAUACCAAAAGGCAAGGUGGUUUGAAAGGGGUCUGAAUAAUAGGAUUCAUGAGCAUAUGACGCUUUUGAAGAUCCAAAAUUUCACGAUGGUGGAGAAAGCUACUAUUGUAGAGUUGAGUUUGCAGAGAGGUACAGAGGCAUCAGAACGAAGGAAAACGCCUGCGUCUUCUGGUUCCCAAGCAAAUGUCAGAAAAAGGUCACAAAGGGGAGAUAGAGAUGCUGCAGGUCAGGGGUCAAAAAGGAAUAAUUGGGGAUGA